AUGAGAACCAGUUUAUUAUUCAUUGCCUUAGCCGCUAUCGUUUCUUUUACUUCGACAAGUGAAGCGGUAUGUUCUAAUAUAGCAGUAUACAAUUCUUGUAAAGCAUCUGGGGAUGCUCAAUUAAAUUCCUGCGCUGACGAUAAUUGGAUUUGUAAAUGUGAGGGACGUAAAGCCCUUCAAAAUUGUUACCUUCAAUGUACAGACGAUCCUGAUAAAGUAAAUGAGGGAAAAGCUUAUGAGCCUGCGUUGACGCAAGCCUCUGCUAAACCAGAAGACACCACUAAUAACGAUCCUGCCAAAGCUGAUGAAAAAUCCUCCGCUAAUGUCAAUAAAUUCAAUGUUAUUAUUGCCGCCGUUCCAGUUGUUGCUGCUGCUGUCAUGAACCUUUAA